AUGACCACUUCCAAUGGAAACCCAUCAACUUCAGCACCAUCAACAAUACCAUCAAGCACUUCAUCAGAUCAAGAUUCCGACAGAGCUCCAUUAGGAUCCGGUGCCAGUGCCUAUGAUCCUUCUUUAGAUGGUACUUCUGUGGCUUCUACAGAUGCUGAAGAUGGUCCAAAACCUACUCUUGAUGAACUUUCAGACGAAGAUAAGGCGGAUGCCUUGAGGUUGAAAACAGAGGCAAACAAAUGCUUUGUUGCUUCUCAAUACCAAGAAGGUUCUGCUGUUAGACUUAAACGUGAAGAACAUGGAUUAGCCAUCAUGGACACCUCCCGCGCCAUUGAUCUCGACUCAAAGUACGUCAAGGCUUAUUUUCGAAGAGGUACAGCUCACCUGAGUAUCAUGAAACCUCAUUUAGCAAUCAAAGAUUUCAAAUCGUGCCUACAAUACGAUCCUAAAAACCUUGCGGCUCAAACUCAACUUGCCGCUACCGUCAAGCUAGUCCGUCGACUUGACUUUGAACGUGCGAUUGCUUCCUCUGAUGAUGAACCAGUGUCAUCUAAAAUUCGAAAAUUGAUUGCCGAGGGUGGAUGUGAGUUGGACCCCUCAUAUACCGGUCCAAUGCUCUCAAAGGGUCCCAAUGGAUACCAGCCCAAUGAAACUUUUAUCAAAGAAAUGUUAGAAUGGUUCAAGCAGGGCAAGACGCUGCCCAAAAGAUGGGUUUAUGAGAUCGUACUUGGUUGUUAUGGAUUCUUGAGCCAGGAACAGAGUAUGACUGACUGUACCAUUCCAGAGGGAGAGACGGUAGAUGUAAUCGGAGAUACGCAUGGACAAUUCUUCGAUGUUUUGCAUCUUCUUACACUCACCGGAAUGCCGUCAGAAAACCAUACACUCGUCUUCAAUGGAGACUUUGUUGAUAGAGGAAGUUGGAGUACCGAGGUGGUGUUGACAGCCUUUGCUCUCAAAUGGUAUCUACCAAACAAAGUCUUCCUGAAUCGUGGCAAUCAUGAGACAGCAGACAUGAAUAAAGUUUACGGAUUCGAGGGAGAGACCAAGAAAAAAUACAGCGAAAUGGUUUACAAACUCUUCGAAGAAGUGUUCUGUGCCUCAAGUUGUCCGCCCGCACCUACCAACAUUUCACAAAUCCCAGCCGAGCCAUUCUUUUCACCAGAGGGUCGAAAACGAUUCUUUGUAGUCCAUGGAGGUUUGUUUUCAAGAGAUGAAGUCGAAUUAGAUGAAUUAAGAAAGAUUCCUAGAAUGAAAAAGAAACAACCUGGUAAUGAAGGAUUGAUGAUGGAAUGUCUUUGGACUGAUCCUCAAGAUGGACCAGGAAGAGGUCCUAGUAAGAGAGGUGUUGGACUUGGAUUUGGACCGGAUGUGACUGAACGUUGGUGUAAACAUGCAGGAAUCACUGCUGUGAUUCGAUCGCACGAAGUCCGAGAUGCUGGAUACUCAGUUGAACAUGCAGGAAGAUGUAUCACAGUCUUUUCAGCACCGAAUUAUGUAGAUCAAGUUGGAAACCUAGCUGCAUUUGUUAGGAUCGAUGAUCGAGGUACACUAAGCUUUACAUCAUAUAAAGCUCAAUCACAUCCAGAUGUGAAACCUAUGGCUUAUGCUGGAGGAUUUAUGGGUCUAAGUGGACUGAUAUGA